AUGGAAGAACACAAUUUCCCCCAUUCGCGGGAUGACGAAGGAGGACAGCUGGUACAGCCGGUGGCUGCAAGCGGGGAUCGCGAGACAACGGAUCGCCCACCCCUACCACCAGAGGUGCUUGAACUCCUCGGCCAAAUGCAGGCUCUAUUGACCAACUCAGUCACCAGAGAGUUGUUAAGAAAUGAUCCAACUAUCGGCGAACAAGGCUUGCAAAACCGCUGGGCCAGGGUUCUUUCCCUGCAACCAGGGCGCGGAGAGGACCCGGUCGUUUGCCAUCUCGCCACACAGGCCUUGGACGUUAUCCCAUCCCCAGAAUCAGCUUACGAAGCCAUAUCCUACACCUGGGGCGCCUCCCAGAGUCUUGGCCGUAUCACGUGUCGCAGAGACGCUGGGGCAGCUGUUGAGCCUGAUGAGGAGGGCUCAAGCACGACGCUCGAGGUCACUAGGAACCUCCUUGCAGUCUUGCGAGGCCUGCGCUUUGAAGACCGUCCGCGACGCCUGUGGAUAGACCAGAUCUGCAUCAACCAGUGGGAUGAGGAUGACAAGGUGCGCCAGAUCGGGAUCAUGGCGGAGAUCUACAGUCACGCGUCCCGUGUUCUCAUAUGGCUGGGCGAUGCUGACGGAGUCGACGAUACAGUCGGAGAUAGCAUUUUCGCUGCCAUGGACCUCUUUGCGCUUCUCUACCAUCAGUCCCCGGGCCAAAAUGAGGGAUUCUUGCAAUGGCUCCGAGGGGAUGAACUUUCAGACUGGGGUCGUUGCCUUGAGGGCCUCGACUACCGCUCCUUCUCUUCAUCGAUCACUGGGCCAGCAGACCUAGAGCGAACCAUCCGUGAGAUGAUACCGGGCGCUAUUCUCACAGAGCCCGAGAGUUUCAGAACGAGACCACUAUUCUUCGGGGCUAAGCACUUCAUGAGGUUUCUCGCCGAAACGCGUUGGUUUCGGCGUUCGUGGACUUUCCAGGAGACCAUUAUGGGGCAUGACACCAUGGUCAUUUAUGGUAAAUGGACGCGAAACUGGGACACUCUCUACGACGCGUGCAGGUUGUUUGAAAAUCAUCAAGGGGUGCCCCAGUCUCAGUGCAGCUCUCUUGAAGCGUCUGCAUUAUCCAUCGCUGCUGGGGUUGUCGCCCGUGGGGAUUUCAGACGAGAACAUGCCCGUCAAGCGAUCGUCAAUCGGGGUGCCAGCCAUCCUGAUUACCUGAAAGCAAUGGAAGAGUAUCGCACCCGCGAUCAUGUGGCAGACCUCAAGAAGUUUCGCCUAAAGCAAGUCCUACCAGCAUUGCGUUGCAACGAGGCCACGGAGCCCAAGGACAAAGUGCUGGGUGUCAUCGGCUUCGCCCAUGAUGAUGGGCGCCGGAUUGAGCUCCCGAAUCAAAGAGAUCAGGUCCCAUUGCUUUAUCUCACGGUCGCCAAGUACUGGAUGACAACUGCCGAAGAUAAUAUCUGGAUCCGCACACAAGGCCAGAUGGGAGGCGCCAGGAAGCAGUUGGACUACGACGAGUGGCCUUGUCCCUUGCUUUGCCGCGACCCAGACCUGUCGUUACUUAGCCACGUGAAUGAGCCUGAGCAGAAAAUUCCAAGCUGGGUCCCCGACUGGAGCUGCCCACUCGCCGUCCAGCCAUUGAUCGACGAAGAAGGAUACCGCGCCUCAGCUAGCUGGGUAGAGCCUGCGAUUAUUGACGAUAGCCUAGGCCGUUGUCCUAGACUCGAAGUUCAGGGCAUUCGACUCAUGAAUAUCAGCAUGAUGAACUCGCAUCAGGCAGUGGUUGACGCGUGGGACAUGUGGCAUGCCACCGGUUUUAAGGAGGAUACCCUCCAUAUCAACAGCCUGGUCUCAGCUGAGAUCUUGCUAUCAAUAAACCGCGGAACACGCCACAGUAAGGGCGAUCCCGCAAGAACAGUAGAGACAGGCCUGGAUCUGUGGCUGCGCGAGGAGAGCGCAUCUCAACGCUCUGAUAUCACAACAUCUUCCUCCUCCGACGGAGCCGGUUCAUAUACCCAGGACGCCCUGAAGGCGGCCAUGAACCGAGCGGAACAAGCCACCAUGCCUGCUCUUGGCGAAGAGAGGUUCUUCAGAGGUCGACAUCUCUUCUGGACCGACGCCGGCUUUGUAGGUUUGGCUCCCGCGACUGCGCGACCCGGGGACUCGAUCUGCAUCAUUGCCGGAGCCCGCGUGCCUUUUGUGCUUCGGGAGACUUUUGGCGGGGCCUUUGAGAUGAUUGGCGAGUGUCUUGUCUGGGGUCUUAUGCAUGGAGAGGCUAUGGAAGCCGUUCCGGAGGGUAAAGUCGAGAUGGUGGUGCUGGUGUGA